AUGUGCGAACGCUUGCUGCUUCUGGUCCUGCUGCUCGUCCUGCUGGUCCUGCUGCUGACGAUGACGAUGGCAAUGACGAGGAUGAUGAUGAUGAUGAUGAUGCUGCUGCUGCUGCUGCACUUCUUCUUCUUCUUCUUCUUCUUCUUCUUUGCCUGCAUCUUUUACCACCACUGGCAAGACUUUCUCUUGUCUCUCUCACUCUCUCGAACAAGGGUCCACCCAGAAGUCAUCCGGUGGUUCCUAAUCUCCCCACCGGAGCCGAACGCGAAGCUUCCGAGACGGAGAGAAACUUUUCCCCUCUCUCUCUCUCUCUCUCUUGCGCCCUCUCUCUCUUCCCAGACCAGAAGUGGGCUCGUCUACGAAUCAUGGGACGCCCUCUCCUCUCUUUUACUCCUCUCGUCUCGUCUUCGCAGGUGGUUCGAUGCAGGCCAGAAAACAAAGCAAUCGGCUGAUUGGGCCGCGGGACCCAGUGUUGCGCUGGACCCAGGGCUGCAGCCCCCGCGUGCGUGUGGAGCACCAUGUCAGGGCUCGGACGAGCCUUGGGUUGCAGCAUGGCUGGGCUGGGUCAUGGAGUUCUAUCUAUGGCAAGCCAUCAUUCUGAUCCACAACCUGAGGCAAAAAGAGAGUGGGCGAGGGAAGAGACGACGAGAAAGAGAGGGAGGGGGGCCAGUUGAUGAGGCAUGGGCGGUCAAGUGGGUGGUUGUCUUACCCAUUACACAGGGACACCAGCACAGGUGCACGCUGGAUUCGAAACAGGGCAAGGUAGCCAGCCAGCCAGCCCGGUCUAGUGUGCCACUUACUGCCAGCCGCAGCAAGCUCUCUCUCUCUCACAAGUCUCUCGCACUCUCUCUCCCCCAGGGCUCUCGCAGGUUCGUCAGCAGAGAGGCUGGGCCUAUAGCGCAUUGUCGCAAUAUCGCAGACUCGAGCUCGUACAUUGCCAUGCUUGCAUGGGGCCUAGUGGUGGCUGAUGCUGCAUCUCAGAGAGAGAGAGAGAGUGUGUGA